UGCAGUGACUUACAUUUCUCUUCAAACACUCAACAUGAACUCCAUGAUUGUUCUUUUGGCCGUGUUCGGUUGUGCUUUGGCACAAUACCGUCCUAUUCCAGCCCAACAACCUGGACAGCAAAUUGCCAUUGUCAGGCAGGAUUCUACCCUCAACCCUGAUGGCUCUUACCAAUGGAAUUACGAAACUGCCAACGGAAUUGCGGCCCAGGAACAAGGAGCCCAGAAGGCUGUUGGAAAUGAAGCAGGAACUGCCGCUCAAGGAUCAUUCUCCUACACCUCCCCAGAUGGAACCCCGAUCAGCCUCCAAUACACCGCCGACGAGAACGGCUUCCAACCACAAGGUGCUCAUUUGCCCGUAGCUCCAGAGAUUCCAGCUGCCAUCCAGAAGGCUUUGGCUUGGAUCGCGGCGCACCCAUCGGCCGAGGAUGGCCCAAGGCCAGGAAACAGAAGAUUCUAAUCAUCUAGUUACCUUGUAAAUCCCCCUAAGAAAAAUGUUAUUUGAUACGAAACGCCACGUGAUAAAUAUUUUGUUCGUCGAUUCUAUCGAUUUACCUUAAUUCUGUACAUAUGAAUUUUAUAUAUAUGUGUAUUGAUGUUAUAAUUUUUAUGUUUUAUAUAUAUAAUGAAUAAUAAAGAUGGCUGGACCUGUUUGAUACACGAAUAUACACCGCAAAGAUUCUGUCGCUACUUCUAUGUGUUCUAU